AUGUCUUCUGAGCAGGCAUUCCCCGGUUCCGACAUCCGCAGCGCUGCUCAGGACUACAAGCGCGACGCAGAGCACAAGUCCAAGUGGGCUAUGGGCGUUGCCUUCACUCAGGGUCGCGGCGAGGACAACCCUAGACCCAGAAAGAGAUCAGAGACUCACAACCACCGACGCGCCGAGAGGACGGGUGCAGCCAUCUCCGCCGGCGCCAGCAAGGCGAAGAUAUCCCGCAAGCAAGACAUGCUCGCCGCCGGAGACGAGUACGCCAUCAGCUCCGAAGACAGCAGCGGUGCGUCUGGUGACGAAGCCAUGACCCCGACGGAGAUUCUCUAUGGCUUCGACUCCCUUCGCGUCCCUUCCCAUGGAAGCCAGAUCCUGAACACCGCCCUUGCAAAGGCAAUCGAGCAGUACGAGGACAAGGAGACCGUCAAGCUUGUGCGUAACGAGUACGAGAUUCUUGACGCCGACGAAGAGGAGGCACACAAUCUUGGCCACGCUUCCGUCAAGCCCAAGCUCAUGGACGUCGAGGAUGCCGAGUACGAAUUUGUCUGA